CUCCACCAGCUGGAGGGAUCCCUGGAGCAGGAGAAGAAGGUACGCAUGGAUCUGGAGCGAGCCAAGAGGAAGCUGGAGGGAGACCUGAAGCUGACCCAGGAGAGCAUCAUGGACCUGGAGAAUGACAAGCAGCAGCUGGACGAGAGGCUGAAAAAGAAGGACUUUGAGCUGAAUGCCCUCAAUGCGAGGAUUGAGGAUGAGCAGGCCCUGGCCAGCCAGCUGCAGAAGAAGCUCAAAGAGCUUCAGGCACGCAUUGAGGAGCUGGAGGAGGAGCUGGAGGCCGAGCGCACUGCCCGGGCCAAGGUGGAGAAGCUGCGCUCAGACCUGACCCGGGAGCUGGAGGAGAUCAGCGAGCGUCUGGAGGAGGCCGGCGGGGCCACGUCUGUGCAGAUCGAGAUGAACAAGAAACGCGAGGCCGAGUUCCAGAAGAUGAAGCGGGACCUGGAGGAGGCCACGCUGCAGCACGAGGCCACGGCGGCCGCCCUGCGCAAGAAGCACGCAGACAGCGUGGCCGAGCUGGGCGAGCAGAUCGACAACCUGCAGCGUGUGAAGCAGAAGCUGGAGAAGGAGAAGAGCGAGUUCAAGCUGGAGCUGGAUGAUGUCACCUCCAACAUGGAGCAGAUCAUCAAGGCCAAGGCUAACCUGGAGAAGAUGUGCCGGACCCUGGAGGACCAGAUGAAUGAGCACAGGACCAAGGCCGAGGAGACCCAGCGUUCUGUCAACGACCUCACCAGCCAGCGGGCCAAGCUGCAGACAGAGAACGGUGAGCUGUCCCGGCAGCUGGAUGAGAAGGAGGCGCUGAUCUCCCAGCUGACCCGAGGCAAGCUCACCUACACGCAGCAGCUGGAGGACCUCAAGAGGCAGCUGGAGGAGGAGGUCAAGGCGAAGAACGCCCUGGCCCACGCGCUGCAGUCGGCCCGGCACGACUGUGACCUGCUGCGGGAGCAGUACGAGGAGGAGACGGAGGCCAAGGCCGAGCUGCAGCGCGUCCUUUCCAAGGCCAACUCGGAGGUGGCCCAGUGGAGGACCAAGUACGAGACAGACGCCAUCCAGAGGACCGAGGAGCUGGAGGAGGCCAAGAAGAAGCUGGCCCAGCGGCUCCAGGACGCUGAGGAGGCCGUGGAGGCUGUCAAUGCCAAGUGCUCCUCCCUGGAGAAGACCAAGCACCGGCUGCAGAACGAGAUCGAGGACCUGAUGGUGGAUGUGGAGCGCUCCAACGCAGCCGCCGCGGCCCUGGACAAGAAACAGAGGAACUUCGACAAGAUCCUGGCCGAGUGGAAACAGAAGUACGAGGAGUCGCAGUCGGAGCUGGAGUCCUCGCAGAAGGAGGCGCGCUCCCUCAGCACCGAGCUCUUCAAGCUCAAGAACGCCUACGAGGAGUCCCUGGAGCACCUGGAGACCUUCAAGCGGGAGAACAAGAACCUGCAGGAGGAGAUCUCCGACCUGACUGAGCAGCUGGGAGAAAGCGGGAAGAAUAUUCAUGAGCUGGAGAAGGUCCGCAAGCAGCUGGAAGUCGAGAAGCUGGAGCUGCAGUCGGCCCUGGAGGAGGCCGAGAUGGGUCAGGAGCAUGCAGUGUUGUUGCUGGAGGGUCUUGGCAACUGUGAGGUCAAAACCAUUUCUUCAGUAGAGGAAGCCCCAAGUGUCCAGCACCUCCUUCCCCAGAGCACCCUGUGGUCUUGGAUGCUGGUCCUACCUCCCUGUCUCUCCCCAGCUCUUCCUCUCCUGGCUGACACCUUGCACCCUCUCCGCCUUCCUCCCCAACCUGCCCUGUGCCCUGACUGUCUACUUCAGACUGCCCUGCGGGUGAAGAAGAAGAUGGAAGGUGACCUCAAUGAGAUGGAGAUCCAGCUCAGCCACGCCAACCGCAUGGCUGCCGAGGCCCAGAAACAAGUCAAGAGCCUCCAGAGCUUGCUGAAGGACACCCAGAUCCAGCUGGAUGACUCAAUCCGUGCCAAUGACGACCUGAAGGAGAACAUUGCCAUCGUGGAGAGGCGCAACAACCUGCUGCAGGCUGAGCUGGAGGAGCUGCGGGCGGUGGUGGAGCAGACAGAGCGGUCUCGGAAGCUGGCUGAGCAGGAGCUGAUCGAGACCAGUGAGCGGGUGCAGCUGCUGCAUUCCCAGAACACCAGCCUCAUCAACCAGAAGAAGAAGAUGGAGUCGGAUCUGACCCAGCUCCAGUCAGAAGUGGAGGAGGCAGUGCAGGAGUGCAGGAACGCCGAGGAGAAGGCCAAGAAGGCCAUCACUGAUGCCGCCAUGAUGGCGGAGGAGCUGAAGAAGGAGCAGGACACCAGCGCCCACCUGGAGCGCAUGAAGAAGAACAUGGAGCAGACCAUCAAGGACCUGCAGCACCGGCUGGACGAGGCCGAGCAGAUCGCCCUCAAGGGAGGCAAGAAGCAGCUGCAGAAGCUGGAGGCGCGAGUGCGGGAGCUGGAGAACGAGCUGGAGGCUGAGCAGAAACGCAACGUGGAGUCGGUCAAGGGCAUGAGGAAGAGCGAGCGGCGCAUCAAGGAGCUCACCUACCAGACGGAGGAGGACAGGAAGAACCUGCUGCGGCUGCAGGACCUGGUGGACAAGCUGCAGCUGAAGGUCAAGGCCUACAAGCGCCAAGCCGAGGAGGCGGAGGAACAAGCCAACACCAACCUGUCCAAGUUCCGCAAGGUGCAGCACGAGCUGGAUGAGGCGGAGGAGCGGGCGGACAUUGCCGAGUCUCAGGUCAACAAGCUGCGGGCCAAGAGCCGCGACAUCGGCGCCAAGCAAAAAAUGCACGACGAGGAGUGACACUGCCAUGGAAGCUCCCUCUUGCUAACGCACAAUAAAUAUGAGUGCCAGACUCUG